AUGGGAUCAUGCACAGUCACCAAGGACGACUUCGCCGCCCCUGAGGCAGGCUUUGUGCUGUAUAACAUCACAGACGGCAUCAUGGCGACGGAUGUAGCUGCCUGUUUUAAGCGGUGGCUCACGUUCUCCCCGCUUACCUACACUGCCACGACCAUUCGACUCAAGACGGAUGGCCAGCCGCGGCCAACCGUUGAAAAGCCCACCAGCAUUGCAAUCGGAUAG